AUGCAUAAAAGGAAAACUGCUAAAGUUAAGUUUGUUACUGUCUGUCUGGGUAGUUAGUGAGAAGGAAGACGAGAUUAGGCAACAAGGGUGCAUACCAAAAGAAGGAAGAGACAGGGGAAGUAAAGAAAGCGUCACAUAUUAAAAAUAACCAGAGUGAAAUGCAGAGAGAGAAGACAAAGGCAUGCAGGUGUGGCUGUUCCUGAUUCAGUUUGAACCUCUUUGUAUACGCAAGAAAUAACUGUCUUCACCCAGAGAGUGACUGGACUAAAUCAAGAUGUUUAUUCUCUCCUGGCUAAUUUUACUCUUCACCAGUUCCAGCUCAGGCUCCAACACAAGCAUGAUCAAUGACAGUGGAGCAGCCACCCUCUCCAUGAGCAAUGUGACAGGAAACGAUUCUGGUCAGUACGUUUGUACAACACAGAACCAGGACAGGAAACUAACAGUGGACAAAGCAGUGCCAUAUGUAAAGACACCAACAAUCAGUGGCAAAACUACAAUUAAGCAAGGUGAAGGUCUCAAUCUGACCUGCACUGUCGACAGUUUUCCUCUAUCCGUCAUCACAUGGUCCAAACGUGGCAUCAACCAAACUCUAAACAAUGAAACUAAAUAUGGAACAUCAACUCUUGUGAUUCAUAACGUGACUGAACAGCAUUCUGGACAGUAUGUUUGUCAUGCAAACCAUCUAAACAAAACCUUGGAGCAAGACAUUAACAUCACUGUGAUAAAUGUAUGGGAAAUGAAGAUCACGGGAGAACCAACUGUUAGAGAGGGAAGUACUCUGAAUCUGACCUGCACUGUCGACAGUUUUCCUCUAUCCGUCAUCACAUGGUCUAAACGUGGCAUCAACAAAACUCUAAACAAUGAAACUAAAUAUGGAACAUCACCUCUUGUGAUUCAUAACAUGACUGAACAGCAUUCUGGACAGUAUGUUUGUCAUGCAAACCAUCUAAACAAAACCUUGGAGCAAGACAUUAACAUCACGGUGAUAAAUGUAUGGGAAAUGAAGAUCACGGGAGAAUCAACUGUUAGAGAGGGAAGUACUCUGAAUUUGACCUGCACUGUUAACAGCUCCCACUCUAUUCCGAUCACUUGGGUUAAACUCGGCAUGAACAAAACCCUGACCAAUGAAACUGGAAUUAAAGUCGGAACAUCCUCCCUCAUCAUUCAAAAUGUGACAAUAAGCAACUCUGGACAGUAUUCCUGUACAACAAUAUUUGAGUCACAAGUCCAAGACAUAAAUGUUACUGUUACUUAUUGGAGGAUGCCUGAAAUAACUGGAGACAUUGUUGUUACAGGCCAUGUUCUGAAUCUGACCUGCAGCGUCGAUAGUUGGCCUCUUUCUUUAAUCACCUGGACCAAAUCUAACUCGAGCACAGUGUUAAAAAAUGACACUGGCUCAGCCACACUUCUCAUUUUCAAUGUGGUAGCUGAAAACAGCGGAUUGUACAUUUGCACAUCAGAACAUCUGAACAUCAGCUUUACCAAGGAGGUUCACAUAAAAGUGAAAAUGCAACCUCAGAUCCUAGAUAAGUCUGGCUGUAAGUCUCAGCAGGAUGUCCUGACCUGUGUGUGCAUCAGUCAGGGCUUUCCUUCACCCACAAUUACAUGGAAACUAUCGAAUCACGUAGACUACUCCUUCAACACUGUUGUGUCAAACCACACGGUCACUAGCACCGUCUCCAUAAAUAUAAAAGGCGUCUCCAAUAUUUCUGCUGUUUGUUUCAGCAGUAAUACAAACGGGCAAACAAGCAGGAAUCUUUCUGUAAAUGAGGUGGAAGAUGAAGGACAAAUCACAAACUUUCUACAGACUUUCACACAGAUGGGUAUAAUAAUUCCCUUUUUGGUCGGGGUUUUAGUUUCAGCAUUUAUUUUCUCCUGGUUGUGGCUGUGCUGCAGGAAAAAGCACAAGUCUCAUGGAAGAACAUCUGAGACUCUAGAAAUGACAAAUGGUGGUCACACUGUGGAUUAUGAGCCCAUUCUGGCCAGAGGGACAGCUGGAGGAUCCAAUGACCCAGAAGCUGGAACAUCAGAUAUAGAAUAUUCUGAUAUUCAUUUGUUGAUUGCAAACCCUUUAGAGAAGAAACCAAAGAAAGAAGACACAGAGUAUGCUAAGAUUAAUCCAAAAAAAGAAAGCAAAAUGGAAGAGGGAGAAGGGCGAGAAGAAGAGGAGGAGAUAAAACUCUGUGUGCCAGAGGCUGAGGAGAGCGAGACUGUAGCAGUGUAUUCUAAUGUGAAAAAACUGAAGGAUCAAAUGAAAGAAACAUUAACUUUAGCAGAUUGAAGAUGAAAGAUGGAGUUGACUGUAUUUAUGCAUCAACUGUCUUGAACAUAAAACAAAAAUUCAAGAAAGAAAAAGAUAGAAAUAUUAUAUUCACAAUCCAAACUGAUGGAUGUUUAAGUUAGCAAGAAACCACGGUGCUGAAAGAUGGUAAAGUGGCUUCUGGGAAAGCAGACAGGUGUCAGAUGUGUUUUGCAUGUUCCUCUUUAGGAACAAAGUGAAACUGGCCUGAGUUAGUUAAAAGGUUUUUGAACAGCAGUGCAUGUCCCCAUAACAUUGUUCCUCUUUAUUGUAAGACUGAAAAAAGUUUUUUUUUUUUUUUUUUUUUUUUUUUAGGGGGCUGGGGGGUGGGUAUGGAAGUGACAGUUUGUUUGUCUUAGCUAAACAAAAAGAUUGCUUAUAACUGUUCAAGUUGCAUUGCAGCAGAAAUGUUAUGUACAAAGAAAAUACUUUUUAAGUGCUUGUUUACUUACCUGUGAAAAAAAAUGUGGCUAUUAGACAUGCUGGUAAUUUUAUAAAUAAAUACCAUGUUUCCUUAAAUUUGUGCUUCCCAGUGAGAAUUUGCAGCACCUAAGUAACUGCAACCUGCUGAGAAAAGGCCUUUGUUUGCACAACAAAUCACAUUUUGUCAAUUGGUCCAUGCACAUAGACUGCUUUGCAUAAAUGCUAUUGUACAUAGUAAUGUAAAAUUUGCAAGCUUCUUUUAUUUUAUGUAAUAAUACACAAGCAAAAAGUAUGAAACCUAUUUGUGACAUGGAAAGAAAUGACAAAUAAAA